GUUUGUUAUUCGAUAUCAGACGGGCGGAUCGGGACGGGCGUUAAAGAAAGAGUUCUCCGAAAGCCGAUGUCAGCAAUUUCUCACCAGUGCACGGUGGGGACGACACGCCACGAAACAGAUUGUGAUUUACUUUCUAAACCAUUCCGGGUUUAUUGGUAAUUUCUUGCGGCAAUUGUGCUACACAAGAUCCACGAUGGUAGACGACGGAACACGCCGAACGCUCAGCAGCAUUCCAUUGCUCAAAACCAAAGCGGGGCCAAGGGAGAAGGAGCUUUGGGUGGAACGCCUCAAGGAAGAAUAUCAGAGUUUAAUUAAGUACGUGCAAAACAAUAAGUCCUCCGAUAUGGACUGGUUUCGACUUGAAUCGAACAAGGAGGGCACCAAAUGGUUCGGCAAAUGUUGGUACGUGCACAAUCUGCACAAGUACGAGUUUGAUGUAGAGUUCGACAUUCCGAUAACUUAUCCGACUACGGCACCGGAAAUAGCGCUACCCGAACUGGAUGGAAAGACAGCGAAGAUGUACCGCGGGGGAAAGAUUUGUCUCACUGACCACUUUAAGCCACUUUGGGCGAGAAAUGUUCCGAAAUUUGGAAUCGCACACGCCAUGGCGCUGGGGCUUUCCCCAUGGUUGGCAGUGGAAAUUCCGGAUCUAAUAGAAAAAGGCGUCAUCUCGUAUAAGGAAAAGGGCGAGACGUCAGGAUAAAAGUUGUACGCUUGAAAGAGUUCCGUCCUGUUGUUUCUCGUAAUGGCUGCUCCUGGUAUUGACGGCUGACAUGUUAUGGAAUAUUUUUGUGUUAUUUUUUACUCAGUUAUCAAUAAGCAUUUUUGAAAUACACAUAACG